AUGUCUGAAUCUGCUCCGUCACACUGUUGUUUGUUUCAUAUUGGCUCUUUUCUUCAGAAAAAGCACAAGAUUUCCGCAUCUCGUCGGUUAUUUUUAAAGACCAAAAUACUAAAGAAGGCCAGCACACUGCUGGCAGAGGAGACGGAACAGAAAAAGAUCGACAGAGAGCGGACGCUCAGUGAGAGAGUUCCUCCUCUCAAACUGUCAGGACUGUCUGUUCAGGAUUUACAGAAUCUGUGCAAAGAGCUUCAUCAAAAAAUCGAUGUUGUUGAUGAGGAACGAUAUGACAUUGAAUCUAAAGUUGCCAAAAAUGAAAAGGAGAUUGCAGAUUUAAACCACAAAAUCUUUGAGCUGAAGGGUAAAAUGAAGAGACCUGCACUGAAGAGAGUGAGGGUGUCUGCUGAUGCCAUGCUGGGAGCUCUGCUAGGUGCCAAACACAAGGAAUCCAUUGACUUCAAAGCUAACCUGAAGACAGUGAAGAAGGAGGAAGAAAAGAAAGAAGAAGUGACCGACUGGCGUAAAAAUGUGGAUGCUAUGUCUGGCAUGGAGGGCAGGAAGAAGAUGUUUGCAGGACCAAAUGCUUAAUGAAUUUUAAUGAAUAUAUUAUAUCUUAAUUAGUGCUGUACAAUGAUUAAUCGUGAUUAAUCGCGAUUAAUUGCAUCCCAAAAAGCUUUUGUCUGUGUACUGUGUAUAUUUAUUAUGUAUCUAUAAAUACACACACAUGCAUGGAUAUAUUUAAGAAAAAUAUGUUUUUAUAUUACUGUAAAUAUAUUUAUAUAUAAUAUUAAUUAUAUCAAUAAAAUUAUAUACAUGUAAAUACAUGUGAAUAUUUUCUAAAUAUAUACUGUAUGUGUAUUUAUAUAUACAUGAUAAAUAUACACAGUACACACACACGUUAGCUAAACAAAAACUUUUAUUUUGAAUGUGAUUAAUCACAAUUAAUCGUUGCACAGCACUAUCAUGAAUAUUAAUUUUAAUGAAUCUUAAUGAAAAUUUAAAAUUAGUUAUUCAAAAAUGAAAUCCACUGUGAACGCUUUUUAAACACACAUAUUUAACUGCUAUUUAAUUGUGCUUAUGUGUUUUAUUGCAUAAACAGCUGGAUGAAUGAAAAACUGUAUGAGAAAUUCACAAAGCUGUGCUAUUGUUAUAAUCACAUUAUCAUGUAUUUCAAAUACUUAAACAUUAUGUGCUUUAUGAUACAUAUAAAACAUUUAUUUAUAUUAAUAUAGGCCUAUGAUUAUUAUAUAAUUGCAUUUGUCAUUAUAUAAUAAUGCUUAUAUUGUAAUAUUUAUAUGUGUUCAGUUGUGUGAAUAUUGAAGAACAAUAAA